CGAGCAAACUGAGAGGGGGAUCCUGCGCUGAAGUUUGAUUUCACUCUUUAUUUCUGCGGACAAUGCUGCGAGUUAGAUGCCUGAGAGGAGGCAGCAGAGGGGCCGAGGCUGCCCAUCUGAUCGGAGCCAUGCUUGGCCGGUCAGUUGCUGGCUGGGCCCAAAGGGCCUUCCAGAGCACUUCAAGUGCUGCAGUUGCACAACCCCAGCGUGCAGCUGAAGAGGAACAUGUUACUGCGCCUGCUCUGCAGGAAUGUCCUGUCUGCAGCUACAACGAAUGGGACCCUCUUGAGGAGGUGAUUGUGGGUCGAGCUGAAAAUGCCCACAUCCCUCCUUUCACCGUGGAAGUGAAAGCUAACACAUAUGAGAAGUACUGGCCCUUCUACCAGAAGUAUGGGGGUCAGUUGUUUCCUGCGGACCACUUGAAAAAAGCUGUUGCUGAGAUUGAAGAUAUGUGCAAUAUUCUCCAUCACGAGGGCGUGACUGUGAGAAGGCCAGAACCUAUCGACUGGUCCAUGGAAUACAAAACUCCAGAUUUCACAUCAAAAGGAAUGUAUGCUGCUAUGCCCAGAGACAUCCUAAUGGUUGUAGGAAAUGAAAUCAUUGAGGCUCCUAUGGCCUGGAGGGCUCGUUUCUUUGAGUACCGCGCCUACAGGCCUCUGAUCAAAGAAUACUUCAGAAAAGGUGCUAAAUGGACCACUGCUCCAAAACCCACAAUGGCUGAUGAGCUGUAUGAUCAGGACUAUCCCAUCCGCACAGUGGAGGACAGACACCAGCUGGCGGCCCAGGGGAAGUUUGUGACCACAGAACACGAGCCUUGUUUCGACGCUGCUGAUUUUAUCCGAGCUGGGAGGGACCUUUUUGUCCAGAGGAGUCAGGUUACAAAUUUCAUGGGAAUUGAGUGGAUGCGCCGUCAUCUGGCCCCAGAUUAUAAGAUCCACAUCAUUUCAUUCAAGGACCCUAACCCCAUGCACAUCGAUGCCACGUUUAACAUCAUUGGUCCGGGGCUGGUGCUGUCAAAUCCUGAUCGCCCAUGUCGCCAGAUUGACAUGUUCAAGAAGGCGGGCUGGACUAUUGUGAAGCCUCCAACACCUCUGAUUCCUGAUGACCACCCAUUGUGGAUGUCUUCUAAAUGGCUGUCCAUGAAUGUUCUGAUGUUGGAUGAGAAACGCGUUAUGGUAGACGCCAAUGAAGCCACCAUCCAGAAGAUGUUUGAGAACCUUGGUAUCAAGACCAUAAAGGUGAACAUUCGCCAUGCCAACUCCUUGGGAGGCGGCUUCCACUGCUGGACAACCGAUGUCCGCCGCCGUGGUACCCUCCAGUCCUACUUCCAGUAGCCGUGCCAGAAAAUAGGCAGUUUAUAUUGAGCUUUGAAAGCUAAAGGCUCAAUCCGGAAUCUUUAUUUCCUAAAUCAAUCAACAAUGUCCCCAUUGUAGAUGGGUGGAGCUAGCUUGUAUGAAGAAAAGUGCCAAUUCAACCGUGUGUUUCUUCAAACGUGUGUGAAAUGAAUAACAAUGGGGCAGUCUAGGUAGGAGGCCACCAAAGCCACUUUUCCGGAUUGUGCCUUUUGUGUCAGAAAUUAACAUUUAUGAAUGGUUUUGAUUUGACAUUGCUGUGCAUCAGGGUGCUUUUGCAGAGCUUUGUUUGGGGAUAAAUAAUAUAUCCAUGCUCAGUAUCAACUAUCAACAACCGAGCAUCCCUUUAAUUCAGUCAGUCAUCUCAAUAUUAACUGCAUUUCUGGCCUGGUUAUUGUGAAGAUGAAGUGUUAAUGGCUUAUUCAUCCAAAAGCCAAAGCUGUGAGGACAAGGUACAAUUUGGUAUGUGAAUGUCAUCAAACUAGGGCACAGGAGGUGUGACUCCACCUCCUCAAGAAGACUCAGGGUGGUUUUCAUUAUAUCAACUUCCUUUCCUGCUUCCUUUCAUCUUUUCUCCUGUUAUCUGGGAAUUGUUCUCCAUCCGCCGUUACAGAGGAUCUUCUAAUCCCAUAAACGUCUCACUGAGCAGUAUCCUUCGAUGCAUCUGUCUGUCUCUCAUCAUCUCAGACGGAGCUGACAGGAAAAGACAGUUUGGAAGGAAGUAAAGAAAAAUGUUAGCAUAAUGAAAACCGCCCUCAGAAACCACAAUUCUAACAUUUUAUUGUCCAAACGUUUGUUUUAUUAAAAUACAUGUAUAGAACUUGUAUGUAGGUCAUAAAACAAUUUUAACUUAUCACUAGAUUAUUAUUUUGUAAAGAAAAAUUCAGUCAAUGGAACAGAGACGGUUCUAUUUAUAUUUUUGCAAGUUUUUAUUGGAUUUCCCAGCAAUUCAUGUUUUUUAUAUAUAUUUACUAUGCAGCCCAUAUCAGAUUUUGUAUACCUUUUGCCUCUGCUGUUUUCUCUUAUUACAAGCCUGGGCCAGUUACAUGCUCCUAGUAAAGCUCAUAGAAACCUCAUGGAUGCUUUUUAGUGCAAAAUAAAACUGCUUUAAGAGUGAAA